GUCAUCGUCUCAGACCGAGGCCUUGGAGCGUAGCUGUCUGCCAUGUCGCUCGUUCAAAAAAGGUCCUCGAAGGAACUUGUAAACAGUGCUUGCGCUCAGGCGGUCCACGUUCGAAGCAUCCAAAUCGACUACAAGGAUGUCCAGAGGAAACAUCCCGUCACAGUCGAAAUCAAGACCGACAACGAAAGGGCACGUCGAUCGCGCCAAUAUAAGCGGAACGAACCCAUCGAUUGGAACGUAGACUUAUGCUCUAUGCUUGCAUCCCAGCUUGCUAUCGUUAUCCGCGAACAUCGUCACCUUCAUUCAGACAAAGAAUGCAUAGUCCCACUCACAAUUACUUAUGAUCUAUUCGUAAAAGCGAUGCUCGUCAUCGAUGAGCCGAUUGGCAAGAAUACGUCUUUGAGAAUUCAUUUUGGGACAGCUGGACCAUUUAUUGCUGUGAUACGUCAACUUGUUGAGGAAUCUCAGGAGCGCAUGAAAAACAUGAAAAUUUUUAUGGGACAUCUUGGAAAGGCAUGUGAGGUCAUGAACUACAUUGUAAACGCUUCAGAAUUUGUAUCUGAC